CACCUCUCCGGUGCCUGUUCUAGGAUUUCGUUGUGAAUAUCACAUUCAAAGAGAAAUAUGGGUUCGCUUGAGGAAGAGAGAUCGCUUUUGGAAGAUGGGCAUCUACAGGUACUGGAACUUAAUGGGUUUGACGGAUCUGGGCUUGUGCUCGUCUGCAAGCAAAGAGUGGAGGCAGUGGACUGCACACUAGAGAUGGCUCUGUUGACAUUCGCGGGAUGCCUGUUCUCAAAAAGAAUACUGGCAAUUGGAAGGCCUGCUCAUUUAUUUUGGGUACUGAAUGCUGUGAGCGUUUGGCCUAUUAUGGGAUUGCCACUAAUCUUAAAAAUGUUAAUCGAGACAACCACACAGCCCUUCGAUGUGGCCGCACAUCCACAUUCAAGGGCCCCACAUCCAUAUCCACCUACUCCUCUUAGGGCUGUGAUUGUUGCUGGCAAGCACUUUUCUGAAUCUGUUGUCCUUAAUAUUGCAGAAUUUAUUGCCAAUAUGAGUUCAGGUCUCUUAUCCUUGCUUGUCUUUACUUUAAAUUGUAUUAGACACUCAGGCAUCCUCAAUAUCCUUAAGCUAGCAGAAGGAAUGCCUGCAUUGACUCUCUCAGCUUCUGUUCCCACGCUGGAGCCAGCUGAAUGUGUGGGUUCUGUUUGCCCUCCAGCUACUGCAGCUCAUUUUCUGGUAUGGAUUCAAGAGAAUGUUGGUUGGGGCCUAGGCUUAGGCAUUCUGGCAUUAUUUAUGGGAAUGGCAAGUGCCAUUUUUUUCUCAGGCACACCACUCUACAGAUUUCAGAGACCUGGGGGAAACCCUGUUACGAGAAUGUGCCAUGUUUUUGGUGCAUCAUUUCAUAUAUGGAAUCUGAAGGUAGCAACAGACAGUAAUCUCUUGUAUGAAACAGAUGACAAACAUUCUGCCAUUGAAGGAAGUCAAAAACUUGAACACAGCAAGGAGUUUAACUUCUUCCCUAUAGCUGCCAGUGAUGCUAUCAUUUGUCAAACCAUUGGAUGUGUCUUGAUAAAGCUGCUGUACUCUAAGCUGCAGAGCUUAAAGAGUGGGGACUUCUUAGACCAAUGGCGGCUUUGCAUUGUAAUGCAGGUGGGGGAAUUGAAAAUCUUGAUCCGCAUGUUCCCUAUCUGGGCUGCUGGUAUUGUCUUUUCUGCUGCCCUGAUGCCUACACUGUUUACAGAACAAGGGAUGAUGAUGGACACAUCAAUUGGUUCUUUCACAAUUCCCCCUGCUUCUCUUUCUACUUCUGAUGUUAUAAGCAUUAUUUUUUGGGUCCGCAUCCAUGAUGGGGUCAUUGUCCCAAUUGCAAGGAAGUUCACUGGCAAAGAGAGGGGCCUCUCAGAGUACGUAUGGGAAUUGGCUUCUUUAUUUCCUCGGGAUGUCAGCUGCUGCUCUGGUAGAGAUUCGGAGAUUGCAGCUUGCUAGAGAGCUUGGCUUAGCAGAUAAGGUGUUCCUAUACCACUGAGCAUCUUUUGGCAAAUACCCCAAUAUUUCUUGUUGGGGGCUGCACAGGUCUUUACAUCUAUUGGACAGCUUGAGUUCUUCUACAAUGAAUCACCAGAUGCCAUACGGAGUCUAUGCAGUGCAUUGUCACUUCUAACUCUAUCCCUAGGGAGUUACAUGAACUCUUUUAUUCUGACUCUGGUAAUUCAUUUUACAACAAAGGGAGGGAAGACAGGUUGGAUCCCAGAUAACCUGAAUGAAGGUCAUCUUGACUAUUUCUUCUGGCUUUUAGCUCGUCUCUGCUUCCUGAACAUGCUGGUAUUGGUGUAUGUUCUAUGUGCUCAGAAGUACAAGCAGAAGAACGGUUUUUGAGCAUUUUUCAAAACAGUGGUAUGACUGUUGUUUGUGGAAAUAAAUUCAGCAAAAUGUA